AUGGUUGGCAUUCCCUUGAGUCGUGGUUGCCAGCCAUGCCGACGACGCAAAGUUAAGUGCGAUGAGAAGAGGCCUGCAUGCCUCAGAUGUACGAUUAGCAAUCUGGUAUGCCCCGGUUACCCCAUUCGACUGAAAUUCAUAGACGAGGGUCCGAGAUUCAAAGGAAAUCCCUGCACACCCCAGUCAUCUCCCGAGCAGAGUCUUCCCCUGAGUUUGCCUGGUUCCUCGUCCGAGAAUCUUUCAUUCAAACUCUGCCAGACAUUUAGGCCAGAUCUCCCAGUAGUCAAGAGUGUGGCCACAUUGAGUAAGGAUACUUUCGUGACUGAAUUACCACGUCACGUGGGGUUAAGUCUGGCCUGCGAUCUCGCCAUGAGGGCUCUUUGUCUGGCUCAUGAUACAAUACUGAAUCCGGAAAAUCCUGUUCUCGUUCAACAAAGUCGCAUACAGUACAGUCAAGCUCUGACCGAGCUUCAACUCUGUGUUGCGGACUUAGAGCGGGCGACCACUAUGGGGACAAUAUGUGCCGCCAUGUUACUUAGCAUGUUUGAGCUUCUAUGUGCAGACUUUGGUGCAUCCAUUCGGCAUGCCGGCGGAGCUUCUCGAUUGAUCGAGGCAAGUGGUCCCCACCAAUUCAAGGACCCUUUCGCAUAUAGAAUGCUACACACGCUUCAGGGGCCAAUCGUUGUUGAAUGUAUACUCUACCGACGAAGAUGUUUUCUCGAUGCACCGCUGUGGCGUGAUGUAUGCCGGCGUAUCCAAUCCCCGUUUAACACUUUAUUCUCCCGCCUCUCACGACUCCCAAAUAUUCUCUGUGCGCUACGAGAGCUUGAGUCUAUAUCUACGGGGCAUUCACGUGAACGGACGUCCCUUUCCGAUCAAAUUGUUGCCCUCCGCAACGACCUCCAAAAGUGGAGGGAUGCUCCAGGACAUGCCGAACUGUUCUGCACAACCACAUGUCCAUCCACAGAAUUCUUCGAAUUCAAUCUCAAUUACACAUCCAGAAACGCUGCAGAACUACUCUGCACAUAUGCAGCAAUGAUGAUCCUGCUCAAUUCCGCGCUACUCGUACUCUCUCAUUCCAAGAUACCCCUCUAUAAGCUCCAGAAUCUCAUGCUCGCGAAACAGAUAUGCCAGUCCUACGAGUAUAGCAGGGUCUGCUCACCAGUAGGUAGUCUGGCCAUGGAUUUUGCGUUCAGGGUUGCAUAUGUCGUUCCGGACGCGUCGCAGAAGAAGUGGAUCGUUGAGAAAAUGAAUGAGAUGGCGAGCCCACUAGGUGGACCGCGCCAUACUGAUGUUGAGGAGACGGAGUUGGAGAGCUGUUUCGAUUAUUUAAAAUGCUGA